CCUGGCCCGCGGCGCGGCGCGAUUCAGCGCCGGGCUCAACGGCUCCCCGCCGGUGCGAGCUAGCGCGCGGCUAGCUGGCGCCAUCCGUUAGAAGCUGGGACUCGUUCGCCAAAAAAGCCCACUCGAAGGAACACACAACAGUCUCCGCUGCUGCCCAGACCUCUCUUUUUGUACUCCGGCGACAACGUUCCGCCGUGCUUUCAUUUUUUGCCACCGGUGUUUCGCUGCCACGCCAGUUCGUGUUUGUAUUCUUCCCCGUAAGAAACUCUGUUGCCGUUCUCUUUUGUACCCCCUUCGUGUGGCUCUAUUUACGGUGCGCCCGCGAAGCGAAGACGUCGGUUCAUUUGUCUACUCGUGUAAGCCAGUUUAUAUAUCUAUAUAACGCUAGUCGGGUUCUUCAACCGCCUUGUCUUCUGUCUCUGCUCAACGGCCAAGCAAGCGAAUAGCAUCUCAUCGCCUCCGCCGCCGACUGCCAGCUGUGUUUCCUGCGACCUCUAGGCAAGCUAGCCGCUGUCGCCGGACUCCCGUGACACACUUCGUCUUUGGAUGCAUUCCGUGGCCGACUCCUCGGAGGCAGGCGCGGCUCCCAGCAGGAUGCAGGUUGAGAUCCAGGUGGCGCUCAACUUCCUCGUUUCCUUUCUGUACAACAAGCUGCCCCGAAGACGGGUCAACCAGUUCGCCGAGGAGCUGGACCGGGCGCUCAGGCGCAAGUUCCGCGGACACUGGUAUCCGGAGAAGCCAUACCGGGGCUCGGCAUUUCGCUGCGUGAAGACGUCACCCCCGCUGGACCCGGUGUUCCAGAUCGCGGCUCGGGAGAGCGGCGUCGACCUGCGGGACGUCCGGGAGAACCUGCCCCCCGACCUCAGCAUCUGGAUAGACCCCGGCGAGGUCUCCUACCGGAUUGGCGAGAAGGGUGCGGCGCAGGUGCUUCUGGGCGGCCCUCAGACGUCGGCCUCCGAGUCGCGCUGCUGCUCGACGAGCCCCGGCUCUGCCGACGAAGCGCUGGUCGCUCAGCUGGCCGGCCUCGGCCUGGGUCCCGGCGUCAGCAUGACGCCCCUGUCGCCGGGCUCGGCCGCCGCCCAGUCGGCCGCCUCGGCCCCCGCGCUGGCCGCCGUCGCAGCCGUGGCCGCCGCCGCCGCGGGUCCCUGCGCCAACGGCGUCCCGGGCCCCGGCGCACCAGUCGUCAACGGUACGGGCACGCGCUCUCUCACCUUCACCACGGCCAGCUUCGCGCAGACAAAGUUCGGCUCGACCAAGCUCAAGACAAGCUCCAAGCGUGCCCAGAGGCUCUCGCCCACCGAGCUGAGCCUGCGGCGGGAACAGCAGCAACAACAUCAGCAACAACAGCAGCAGCAGCAACAGCAGCAGCAGCAGCAACACGUCGCCCGGGCAGCGGCGGUGCCGCCGCCGUCGGCCGGCAACCCUCUGUCGCCGCACGACUUGUACGGAACGGCGGCGGCGGCAGCAGCGGCCGCCGCCCUCCCCGUCGAUGCGUUCGGCGAUGCGGCCGCUGCCGUCGUGGCUUCGCAGGUGGCUGCGGCCGCCGCAGCCGCGUCUUGCCCGCCGCCUCCCACGACCGCGUCGCGGUUUGCGGCCGCGGCGUCUCCGUUCUUGGCGGCGGCGGCGGCGGCUGGUGGCUCGCUUCAGGGACAUCACCACCACCACCACCAUCCGCACCACCACCACCACCCGGCCGUGUCCGGGGCGGCCGCCGAACUGGGAGCUGCGCUCCAACAGCAUCUGCUGUUGGCAAACUAGUCGGAGAAGCCGCCACUCGUGUUUUCUUUUUUUUGUGUUGUUUCGUUAUUUUGUAGCGGGGCCCACAUCUCGCGUUUGAGAAAAAGAAAAGGCGGGCUGCCGCCUGGUCAACCGAGGGGGUUGGCGGAGGCCGAAACUGCGGCGACACUGGUUCUUUUUUGGAUGUGAUCGUGACAGGGGUAGACGAAACGCGGAAGACGGAGCAAAGAUGAGCAGGACCUCUAGACGCCCUGGAGAAGGGGGAGGAAGUUGCGCUUGCCUGGGGAUUGGGGUAUUUAGGUUGGCUCGCUGUGUCACCAGGUCGGAGGCCUAACUGCAACACUCGAUAAGACUGCAUAGAUUUUUGGUGACUCCUUAAUCCGGGGGCAGCAGACCGUUUCGUGUUUAACUAUCGUUUCAAGUAAUUUCGUAAUCCUAGAUGGUUGCAGGUCUACUAAGCUUCCGCUCAAUCAGAGUGGAUGUUUUUAAAGGACAGUUGCGGAUGAAGUCAAACACGGUACUAAGUGGUUGCUCCCGGAUUAUGAGUUCCCAGCCAUUUCUGUCAUCUAAGAGUGAAAAAGAGCAAAAACGGUCGCUUCUUCGUAGACAAAGAUGAAAAGGACAUCGUACAAAACAUGUCUUCACCGGUUGCAUAACGCUGCAUCAAGAAGAGCGUUUUACUGGACUAAAGUUUAGGCUUUUGAAGCGAGAUUAAUAUUUGAGAACAGCAGCGUAUAUAUUGGUGGCUCAAAAUGUGGAGUUGCCUGUUUACACUGGAAAAAGUCACGGUGGAGCUGCGACAAAGGACAGUCCUUUUCCUAUAGGAUUCCUUUAUUUCUUUUUAAUGGGAAGGACAUAAUUCGCAUGUUGCACUGUGGCCAGCUGGUUUGACGGAGCCGACAAUGUAACGGCGUUUUCAUGAAAACGAUGGAGUUUGCCAUUAUUGAAUCGCUCUCGCUUCAUCACACGUUGAAGAGGUCACAAAGAAAGAACAAGGAACAGUCCUAUCCUGAGUGUCCUGAGAAGGAACAUUGUACAAAAUAGACGGAUCUGAUCUGUUCGAUAUGUCAGGUUGUAGCUCUGUUGUAGAGCAGAUGUGUCAGUCCUGGCCUGAAUUCUGCCCGUAGUAUUAAAAAUGGCGAUGGGAUCUGCGCAUACUGUGCGUUAAAGAAAGUCGCAUGGGCGGAGUUGCUACAGAACUGAAUUGCAGGCCUUAGCUUCUACGGCUGCCAAAACUUUGUUUUCGCAGGAAAGAAAGGGUGCAUAAAGCGACAAAAAUAUAUACCGUGCAAUUUGAGCGUUUAUCACACAACCAUCGCUAGCUUAGUCCCGUAGAGAAGAGAUUUUUUUCUUCCGGUAUUGUUUCAGUUCAUGGUAUUGGAUACGCACGAAAAAAACAUGGUGUGGUUACUGUUAUGAAAACUGUGAAGAGGAGCAUGAUGAUCACCGUUAUAAGAAUCAUGGGUGUCCUCUCCGUUAACGCAUGCAUCUCAGAGUAGCUAAAAGAAACACAAACGCUUUCUUGCGUAACGUAAUUUCUUGCUGUAAGUGUACACCUUCGCUAUUGUAUUAGACACAUCGCACAAACUUCCGUUGCAAGGCCAAUCCAUAGCGCCUGAAAUAUAUAUAUUCGUUAACAGAAAGACCAAGAAAAAAAAAUGUCUAUUUUUGACGACGCAUAUGUUUUCCAGACGUAACGUUUAGAAAACCGUAGUUGCUAUUGAUGUUGGAACAUAACUGUUGACAUUUUGGGCGUCUGGAGGUUCUUAUGCGGUACACAGGAACAAGUGCCAUCUGCUAGCAUAGACGUUUGUCACGGCAUUGUCAGAGCGGGACUGUUUUAGCAACAAAAAGAAGCCACAUGAGAAAGAGAAAAAGAGCCCCAAAAUGUGAAUAAAAACAUGUAUUUAAAAGUGUAAUAAAUUAGGCUCCAGUUUGGCGAUGAAUGUAUGACUGCCGAUGAAAGGAUGUCUGGAAGCAGAUGGUGCCAGUUUCGCCAGUGUGCACUACUAUUGCCGUGGUCGGCUCGCAGUGUUGUUGGGUGCUCAUCUCGUGGUUAGGGGUAGUGUUGGGGGGGAGGGCGAAUAUCGUGAAAGUCACAUUCGCAUUGUUAUGCAGUUGCUGCAACCAAGGCCAUUGUAGCGAGCAGACGAUAAGAAACAAACAUGCACUUGGCCUCAGGGAUGCAAGCAGACGGUCGCUUUCUAUAUUCACGCCGACGACCGGGUUUUCCUGUCGUCUGCGACAUUCGUCCUUGCAGAAGCUCGCAUAAUAAUGUGCUAACCGUCAACCGCUUUAGAGCUUUGAACCUCUUCGGUGUAGCUAUUUUUCUGCGACGCAACAUUGCAGAGAGGUGUUCGGCUAUAAUUGUUACAUGACGAAAAAAAAAAAAGAGGCAAUCGAGAUUAGCACCCAUUUAGACUAGCGAGCCAAGAAGGCCUAGUCAUCUGCGGAAAACCACUCUAUCGUUCAAUUAUUCCGGUGGCUUGACGUUUUGAGAAGUGAGCCAGUGAUCCUGUUUCUUUUAUAUGGUAAAAUAGCGAUCGGCACCAGCACCAUACGACGGGGACAGAGUCUGAGCAUGUCAUUUCUGACGUCAUGCACUGCCUCUGAGGUGACUGUGACGUCGCAUCUGGUGCAGUGAACUGUUGACGUAUGGUGUGACGAGGCACAUUACGCCAUAGUGGUUUCGUUCAACGCUUUUUCUGGCAGUCGCUUCCAUCACGUCACCAAAUCUAUAAGCUAGCAAAUCAAAUGACUGAAGGUGGCGUUAUGACUUCACUCCAUCUCGGAGGACAGAGCUGAUGAAGGCGACGCGUUGUGAAGUUGAGGUCUAGUCGAGUGCAAAGUUACGACUAGUUCAUUACUGCCGUGACGCCACUCCGCUUAGUCCCGGCAGAGCCGGCGGUGUCAUUACGUUGCAGCGACCUGUCAUGCGAGUUCUCACCCUUGCAGCCAAUGGCACGCCAGGGUACUCAGCGGAAGUGACGUAGUGCCCAGACUCUGUUUCUCUCGAAUAAUUAGCCGCAUUGCAGUUGCCUGGUUUCCCAUUUCCCCCUUUUUUUAAUUUUAGAUAUAUAUUGUGGACAACCUUUCUGACUUGCCUUUUUCCAUGUCGUUUUUUCUGUACAUGUUUUUUCUACUACGAGGUGUGUCGGUGUGUUUGAUACAGAAUGACCGCGUGAUGACCGGGUUGUAUGUACUUCUCUAUACACGCAUUGCCACUGGGGGCGCUGUAGGGUGCGUUCGUUACUCAGGCCGCGUUAGUUACAGCGGGCAGGCUAUAUACUCAUUGCGUGGCCCAAGUAGCACAAGUGUGGCCCACAGAAAAUUGCGUUGGCUUCGUCUGCGAGAGAGCCACAUUGUUGCACGUUAGCAGUUGCAGACGACAGUGGCUGUUCCUCAGAGCCGACGAGGGUGGCCGUAAUACUGAACAUCGUCUGCAACCGCUCGAGAAAACGCAAUGGGCGUUGCUUUCUGUGUGGAACCGUUGAUGAGUGUAAUACUUUAUAUUUGCAAAAAAAAAGAAAAGAGAACGAGUGUAUUUCAAUAUUGAUAAUCGGAUUGCGAUAAAUAAACGGCAAGUGGCCUUACGCCUAACGCGAAGUAGGACUGCGCUUAAACAGCAGUGCGUGCAGACGGCAUCUUUCGAGGCCCCUUUUAGUUUUCUGCAGACGACGGGUUCCGGUACUUGAUUAUUACUAUUUUUUUGCCAGACGCGCUUUGCAGCAAACCGGGUGGCAUUGCACGUAGCGUAUACCAUCGUUGUCGUCAAGCUUCGUCGUUGUAAUCGUCAUAUUUUUUAUAUCUACGAGAGUAUAAGAGUUUCUUAGGUUGUCGUUUUUUAGUUCGUUCGGGUCCGCUGCAUUUUUCGGGCAGAGGGAGCGUCAGUACAAAGGUUGGAUUUCGGUAGGCAUGGCGCUGCGCGCGCAUCGUAGGAGGUGAGCUGCCCGCGAGGGAAUGUUUUAACGUCGAGGCGGGAAGGAAGGAGCGAGACACCGGAAGGAGCGUGCAGUGAAGGGGGCAGUGAGAUGGACGGCAAAAGGAGAGAAUCUAUUUUGUGUGCGGCGCAAUAAGCGUGGGGGUGCGCCCUCUGCACCCCCGCCCCCCUAACAAUUUUGCUUCUGGGUCCGUAAAUAUGUACAUGCAUAUAUUACAUAUAUAUAUAUACUAUAUCUAUCUACGCUCCAUCGUAACACGACGGACUCAACAACAGACCCGCGAACUCCCAAAGAAAUCCUUGACGCGGUAAGAAGGAACGAGGGGAAGGAAUAAAAAAAAAAAUCGGAACUCCUUGGUCGCACAAGUCGUUGAACUCCGCUUUCGAUAAUCCAGCCUCAGGUGGUUACCUGGAGUGCCUACUUUGGACCGCUGUCACCAUCUUCCCAGCUCUGACUGGCUCACGAGGCAGCUAUGAUUCUUGCGAUAUGCGCAGAACACCAAUACAGCAGAAUUUGACAGAAUAACAUUCAUGGUAUUUGGGACGACAAGGAUGGGGAUACCAUGUGGCCAAAGUUCAUGCCGUAAGGGGUAAAAUAUGAUACUCGAGGCCAAGCCUCAGCCGAGAAAAAGAGAUAGAACAAAUUGAUUUAAGAAGGACGAUGACUUUGUCUGCGUGGGGAGAAAAAAUAUCGCGACAGCCUACCAGGAAGAAAUGAACUCGCAUACGUACGCGCGAUUUGUGAGCGAAAACAAAACAAGCCACUCGCACCAGAACUCAACAUAUUGUUGACUGUUUGAGGUCCGUAUGUCAACUAUUAGGGGUGCGAAGGCUUGUAUAUAUGUCCAAAUUGUGAACGAAAAACAUUGCGCCGCGUGUCGGAAAACGCAGUAUACAUAGAGAGUUUUGCAACUGGUGCGAUUCAAGAGCUCCGAUCACAAAUAGUCCUAAGACCUUCCUGCAGAAUCCGAUAUAACCGCCACACGGCUGCCCGUCCGCGCGAACUGCCCCGCCAAAUCACCGCGGCUGGCAGCAGACGACAGCGUCGGAAAGUUGGCAGACGACGUCACUGCUGGCAGACGGCGACAAGCUCUGGCGUUCUUUAAGCGCGGGUAUGCCGGCAAUGUUUUUCUUUUUCGAGGCUUUGCCGUUUCUUUGAAGAAAGGGAGGCGUCGUGUCCUGGAAGCUAUUUUCGUACGUCAGUGGAUAAAGCUAGGCUUAAGAGCGAGCUGGGACCGUUAUACCGUAGGGGCUGAGCGUCGAGUGGGUCGGGUCGGGUCGGUGUGGUUGUGUUUGCGGCGGUUCCGUUGUUGUUGCUGCAGCAGUUCCUGUUGUUGCGCGUGGAGUGGAGUAGGUGGCGCUACGAAGCGAGGUCCUCCUGUUGCAAUGAAAGUGCUGGUGACCUGGCUGUGCGUUGGAAGGCAUUCAUUUAGCGCAGAGCGCAGUGGUACGAGGCGGUGCCAAGACGAAAUGGGAACACGAACAAAGGAAACGGUUGUACAUCAGCCUGGCCGUUUAUUGGAAGCUCCUGGAAAUUUACGAACGUGCUGGCCACACUCCUGCCGAACAGAUCUAUGCGAAGCAACAGACUAAAGACAUAUGGUCGAUGCUUAUGUACGUCGCAAAAUACGACAGCCCGUGUUGUAAAGGUCCUUACAGAGGACUUACAGUUAUUUAAAAAUUUCGCACGAGCCAUUCCGGCUUAUCGUCUGUUAGCUGUCUUGACGUCUGUUUCACUUUCAUGUCCUGCGUUUCUCGUCGUCUUCUCGGCGCCGCCUCUUUGGGCUUUGCGCAAAAUGAAAGAAAGGAGAAAGGGUGGAAGAGAUGAGUGUGUGAUAUGGAAGGAAGCGCAGUGAUAUCCACGUCCUAAGAUUCCAAAGGAGAAAAAAAAAAGAUGCAUAUAAUACAACAGGAAGUCCCUUUUAUCUUUUGUACUUUGACUUAGUGCAGACGACGCGUCCGUCGCGUUCGUCUGCAGAUGAGGCAGCCACACAUUGUCUGCACUGUUUCUUCACAUCUUGUUACAUUUUAAUAAGUUUUUAAUAAAUGUUGGACAAAAGCGUCACAAA